AUGGCUGAACAUCAUCCAAAACUAUCUGCAUUGCACACACGCAUGUUCAAGGCCAAAGCUGAACGUAAACUAAGCUUUGAGCGUAUAGGAAAGGAAAUUGGACGUGACGAGGUCUAUGUUGCUGCCGUGUUUUAUGGGCAGGCCAAACCUACCACAGAAGAGCUCGAAAAACUAUCAGCUGUUCUCAAUCUUCCAGCUUCGCACUUGAAGGAUGAUCUUGGUGCACACUACUUUCCUGAUCGUGGAGGACUCAUGGCCGUACCACCAACAGACCCAGUGCUUUAUCGUCUUUACGAAAUGAUUCAAGUGUAUGGCUACCCAAUCAAAGCUGUUAUCCAUGAAAAGUUUGGAGAUGGGAUCAUGUCUGCCAUUGAUUUUAGUGCAAAGGUCGACAAGGUUGAAAAUCCUAAAGGCGAUCGUGUCAAACUCACACUCGAAGGAAAAUUCCUCCCAUACACAAAAUGGUAG